UUGUAUAUAUUUUUUCAUUCUUUGAAUUAGUUAUUCAUUUAAAUCUUUUGAUUAUUCGUAUCUUUCUUUUAUUGUUUUUUUCAAAUAGAGCCGGCUCCCAACGUUUACCUACAAGAGCCGACUCGUUUGCGAACGACCCGUCACUAUUCACAUCUGUGGGUAGACGCAUCUAGAAGUGCUUGCUUCAACCGUGAUUGAACGGAACUCCUCUGCCUUCGUCCCGCACUAUAGAACAUUCUGGAUUCAUAACUUAACACGUACCCGAACUGUAAUAGUAAAAUGGUCUAAGAAACUCUAUUUUUUGUUCCGUUCAGUUUGAUAUAAAAAUAAAAAAAUCUGCCAAGAUGCAGUCUCAGAUCUGCCAGAACUACCACAGCGGCUGAGAAACUGCCAUCGACCUGAUGAUCAACAUGUUGAUGUUUUCCUCUUAUACAUACACUUCAAUGGUAAGGAGACUGCAAUUGGCUACCAAGGGGACAAUUUUCUUGCUCUACACAGUGUGUAUGAUUAUGCCAGAUCGUGAUGAGUGGGGCAAUGUGCUGGAGGCCAUGCAGUGUGCUCUGCAGCUGGAGAAGAAUGUGAACCAGGCCCUGCUGGACCUGCACAAGAUUGCCUCUGACAAGGUUGACCCCCAUCUGUGUGACUUCCUGGAGACCCAUUACCUGAACGAGCAGGUGGAGGCCAUUAAGAAGCUGGGUGACCACAUCACCAACCUCACCAAGAUGGAUGCUGUCAAAAACAAGAUGGCAGAGUACCUGUUUGACAAGCACACCCUGGGAGAACAGAGCUAAACCACGUCCAUCCCCAGGCUACGGCCUCCAGCCUCUGACCAGGACUCCUGGCUACUCUGCUCUAUCCUGCUGCCUUUGCAUCUUUAAGGAGGGCGAGUGUUGAACUGGUACAGAGCAAUACAUCUGUUUCAGUUUGACAACACUGUACUAGAUUUGGGAGGGAAUGCACCUUGUGAAACAAUUAAGUAAAAAGAUCAUAAAAGUU